AGUUUCUCACUUCUAAAACCCUUGUCUUCCCCAAUUUCGUGAUUCAUUCCACACUCGUAAGUCUUAACAAUAAAAAAUGGCUGGUAACUUUCUAACAAAUGUGGCACGCACCGCCGUACUCUUCGGCGCGUCAGCCACUUUCCUCAGCUCAUCUCUUUACACGGUCGACGGCGGCCAACGCGCCGUUCUAUUCGACCGUUUUCGCGGUGUUAUCGACGAAACAGUAGGCGAAGGUACUCAUUUCUUAAUUCCAGUUCUUCAAAAGCCAUUUAUAUUUGAUAUCCGUACUAGGCCCCACACAUUUUCCUCAAUUUCCGGUACUAAAGAUCUUCAAAUGGUUAAUUUGACAUUACGUGUGUUAUCCCGCCCUGAAGUAAACAAACUGCCUAAUAUUUUCAAAACCCUAGGACUCGAAUACGACGAGAAGGUUCUUCCGUCAAUAGGUAACGAGGUUUUGAAAGCGGUUGUUGCUCAGUUUAAUGCUGAUCAGCUUUUAACCGAGCGGCCUAUGGUUUCCGCGUUAGUUAGAGAGAGUUUGGUUCGUAGGGCUAAGGAUUUUAAUAUCGUGCUUGAUGACGUGGCGAUCACGCAUUUGUCGUAUGGUGCUGAGUUUUCUAAGGCGGUUGAGCAGAAACAGGUGGCUCAACAGGAGGCUGAGAGGUCUAAGUUUGUUGUUGCGAAAGCGGAGCAGGAAAGGAGAGCGGCGAUUAUUAGGGCGGAAGGUGAGAGUGAGUCUGCUAAGUUGAUUUCUGAUGCGACUUCAGCUGCUGGAAUGGGGUUGAUUGAGCUUAGGAGGAUUGAGGCGUCGAGGGAGAUAUCUUCGACUUUGGCUAGGAGUGGAAAUGUUAUGUAUCUUCCAAAUAGUGGGAGUCAGAUGCUUCUUGGUCUUAAUGCGUCUCGUUAAACUGGAAUUUGUUGAUUGAAGCGGAGUGGAUUAAUGCUUAAAAUUCAGAUUUCGUCUUGAACCCAUCUCUUGCGCAUCCUAUACCGAUCGUUUAUGGUGGUUUAAUUAGAACUUGAAACUUUGAAAAUAUUUUUAUCCUUUUUGUUGUGGUUACAAGAGAAUAUGGAGCUGGUGUUGCUGGUGAUUUGGAAUUGUAGGUGGAGUAUGACAGUUACUCUGAAUUAUGAUUUACUUUGUGUUUUUUCUUUGCAUUGCUAGUUUCAUGUGAUGAGAGGAUGUUUCACUGCUUGAGCAGAAUUCACAAUAAAUCUGUAUACUAAAUUUCGUUACUCAUGUGAUCGUGUUAUGUGGUGCCUACCAUCCUGUGAGAAGAGUUACAAGACCGUGACCAUUUGCUACUUGUCAAAUGUUUGUCCUAUUUUACUUGAGUGCAAUUUGAUUAAUCUACGGUUAAUAUUGGAAGGUCUU